UUGUUUAACACCUGAUUUACUUAACAAAAGGAACAUCUCAAUAGGUGGUCCAGGUAAGUCAGACAUGGCACGGGGUGGGGGACGGGACUUUACUCAUGUUCUUUAUUGCGCCUCUAUUGUUCCUCAAGCAAGGGGAGAGGCCGAUGGCAUCGAGACUUUCUAUCAAACCAACUCCUUGCAUGCACUACUCAAAGUUUGCAGGUGUCUAAAUAAACACUAUUUUGCCCCAAAAAAUAAAAAAACUUUAGUGCAUGUACUUUACUGGAUUUAUACUUGGGAUAUCACUUUUCAACAGGAAAAGUUCAAAAAUCACUAGAGGACGUCUUUAACCAGUAGACAAGAACUACGUUUCCCAUGAAUCACUGGUCUCCAUUUCGACACAACUGGCAGAGGGCAGAAUUGUCAUUGCAUCUUGUGGAACAACGAACCAGCAGCAGAAAGCACCAUGUUUACAGAGGUUCUGUUAGCCCUGGUGGUGGGAGGAGUGAUCUACUUUCUGGUGCAGAAGAGUAAGAGGCAUCAGCUGAAGAGUGAGGAUGGCUGGUGGGGGGAGGGGACUCCCCCAGACAGGGAAGAAGAUGUCAGCAUUCGCCCGUACACAGUCCGGACGGAUAAGGAGGAAUUGGAGGACCUGUACAGGAGAAUAGACCAGACCCGAUCCUUCCCUUCUCUAGAGGACAGCCAGUUCACCUACGGCUUCAACUCCCAGUAUCUGCAGAAUGUGGUCUCCUACUGGAGACAUGAUUUUGACUGGAGGAGACAGGUGGAGAAACUGAACAAAUACCCACAUUACAAAACCAACAUUGAAGGCAUUGACGUCCACUACGUCCAUGUGCGGCCCAAGAACCUCCCUGAGGGCGUGACUGCUGUGCCUUUGCUCAUGGUGCACGGCUGGCCAGGCUCUUUCUACGAGUUCUACAGGAUGAUACCCCUCUUGACUGAACCCUCCAACCCAGACGACAUCGUGUUUGAGGUGGUCUGUCCCUCCAUCCCUGGGUACUGCUUCUCUGAGGCUCCACAUAAGAAAGGUUUUGACUCGGUUUGUGCGGCCCGUGUGUUCCACAAGCUGAUGAAAAGACUGGGUUUCCAACAGUUCUAUGCUCACGGAGGAGACUGGGGAUGGAUCAUCACCACCAACAUGGCCCAGCUGGAGCCCAAAAUAAUCAAAGGCUUGCAUCUCAACUUUGCUCCCCCCUCCAAGCCGGGCCUGCCCAUGGUUCUGUCUAUAAUGCUGGGCCGCCAUUUCCCCAAGAUGUUUGGCUUCAAUGAGCACGACAUCCAGCGCAUCUACCCCGUUGUGCAGAACCUAGUGGUGGAGUCUGUCAAGGAGUCAGGAUACAUGCACAUCCAGGCCACCAAGCCUGACACUGUGGGUCGAGGGUUGAAUGAUUCUCCAGUGGGUCUUGCUGCUUAUAUCUUGGAGAAGUUUUCCACCUGGACUGACCAUGACUUCAGGAACCUGGAUGAUGGAGGACUUACGAGGAAGUUCAGUCUGGAUGACCUGCUGACCAACGUGAUGAUCUACUGGACAUCUGGCUGCAUCAUCUCCUCCAUGCGCUUCUACAAGGAGAACUUCAGCAAGGGUCUUGACCAGCCACACUCAAAGAUGCCAGUGCACGUGCCCACCGGUUUUGCCUGCUUCCCCAACGAGCUGAUGCACACCCCCAAGCUGUGGGUGCAGCAGAAGUACCGCAAGCUCAAGACCUUCACGCCCAUGGCCCGAGGAGGACACUUCGCCGCCAUGGAGGAGCCAGAACUCAUGGCCCAGGACAUCCAGAACUUCACCAAGAUGCAGGAGAAGAGGAAGAAGUGAUCCUCUAGUCCGCACAUCAGCCUUCCUUGUUUACCAAACAGCACCAGUUGCUAGAUCAGCUAGCACUGGUAUUGUGAUAGCACUGAAAUGUGCCAGAAGUUACUUACUGAUAAACCCAUAGAGAGAGAGAGACCUCUGCCAUAGCUGGCUGUUUUACACCCAUGAGCAUAUAAUACUAGCCAGGUCCCAGAUCAGUUUGUGCUGUUUUGGCAUGACAACCACAAACAGUGCAGUCUGGUCUGUGACCAGGCUAAUAUAAUACAGUAAAGCCCAGGGUUGGGGUCAAUUCCAUUUCAAUUCCAGUCAAUUCAGAAAGUAAAUCAAAUUCCAUAUUUCACUCAUUGAAAAGCAUUGAAGAAAAUUGGAAUUUGAGUUUGAAUUUCAGUGUACUUCCUGAAUUGAAAUAGAAUUGACCCCAACCCUGGUAAAGCCUCUCAAUGCCUACUGCCAAUGAGGUGGUGUAGAAAAUGUACUCUCUAGUUAGGAAAUUAUGAAUGGAUCAAUGGAUGAGUGAAUAGAAGAUAAUUUUGUUUAGGUUCUUCUUGAAUUUAAGAGAGCACAGGCAGUUCUUCGUUCAGAUUACUGGCAUAGUCUAGGCCCGAGUGGUUAUCAAAUGAUGCAUAAAAUAUCAGGUGAUAUGUAUUUUACUUUGAAUACCUGUUCUUAUUUACUCAAAUUUAUUUACAAUGUUAUAGCAUUACAUGAAUAGCACUUUGUAUUUCAGACACUAAUAUCCUGAUCUAUACAUAUUAAUAAACAUUUAAAUUAAA